UUACUUUUUGUGGUACGUCCCAUUCGCGUGCGCACGCAAGCGUUCGUUGCGCAGAGCGAUGAGAGCAUGACAUCAAAGUACCGCGAGAGCGAUUUAAAACUGUGCUCUCGCGGUACUUCGUGUCAUAUUUAGAUCGUGCUGCGCAGCACCAACAGUUAACUUACUUGCAUGUGGUCGUACAAAAGUAAAUACUUUACCUUAUCUGUAUGAUGUUAUGUCUUUGUAGACAUCGAUGCAUCGUUCACAUUGUUCAUCGCAUUUGGUCGCAUUGAACCACAAACCCGCGAGCAGCCUAUCCACGAGACGACAAAGAAACGCGUUUUUCGCAGGACUCUUAACUUUUAAACAAUGAAGACAUGGAGCAGCGUCUGCUGGAGGAAGGUUUGGACCCUUCAGCAUCCAGUGAUGAGCGACUCUCUUUGCUGUGGGAUCUUCUCGUGAGAACUGAAGAGACUGUCAGCUCUCUUAACCAAAGCAUACAAGAUCUCCACAAACAACACAACGCUGAAAUUCAAAAGGUUCAACAAUAUGUCAAUGAAAUUAAGAGUCUCACAAAGACACGAGAUUCUGUGGCUUUAGAUCUUGAGCGGGAGAAUGAAACGCUCCGCGUGACUCUGGAUGAGAUCCAACUGCAGAAAGAGGCACAGAAGAGCGAGAUCACUGAGAUGUUAUUGCAGGAAGGUCUAGCUGAUAUUCUUCCCAUGAGCCUCAGCGAGCAAGUAGCUUAUAUCCUCGCAGACAGAGCAUCACUGCUGGAGAAAAUACAGACCAGGACUGACAUGGAUUCAAAGACUAUAGGGCAUCCUAUGGAGUCAACGUCACAAGGAGAAACUGUAGUCAAGGUGGAGCCACUGCAAGGUCAAAGCCCUUGGAAGAAGCUCAUGGGACUCCGAAAAGCAGCUCAGACUAAACAUAAAUUAAUGCCUGGUACCGACUCACGGUACACCGAAGACAGCAAUCCGAAGGGUCGAAGCCUGCAAGAACUGGAGCGAGACGUGGAGGAAGCAUCUGCCCGGCUUGCCAUGGCCCACAAAGAGAUCCGCAGGCUCACCGAUGAGCUCGAGUCUGCUCAACUGACCCAAAAGGCCUUUGAACCAGAGCUGCAGGAAGCUCAGAUGGAGGUUGAACAUCUCAGACGGGAAGUGGAGAAACUGAAGCGAUGUGAACUGGCUGAGCUACGAAAGACUAAAGAAAGAAAUGGAAAACUAGAGGAAGAGUUGUGCCAUAUGAGGGAGACAAAAAGGCUACAGACGGAGCAUCUACGAUUCCUAGAGCGUGAAGCUGCCGAUGCCACCGCCAAUUCACCAAGAGACAAGAAAUCACAGGAAGAGGACAUUCAUAAAUGGUGUCUUGAAGACAUGAAGGAGAGAUUAAACAUGAUCAGAGAUCUGACACAGAUCACCCUGAAGCUCCAGGUGGAGUUUGAGAUGGAAACGGACCUGCGGAGGAGGACAGAGGAAGAGUGUGAAGAACACAGGAGGAAGAGGACCGAGGCAGAGCAGCUGGCACAAAACUUCCAGAACCUCUGCGAGAAGCAGGCAGAAGAUUACAGGAACACCAUUGGUGGACUUCAGGUGGAGAUCAAAAAGUUGGUGAUUAAAUUACAAAAGCUAGAGACUCAGGAAGUGGAAAGACAUCGUGAAGAACACCUGAAGCAGCAGCUUGAGGAAAACAUUAAAGAUUUGGAGAAGCGACUGAGCAGCGGUCAACAAGAGACAGAAUCUCUCAAGACAGAACUCAAGCUCGCCCUUGUUAGCAUAGACACCCAGAGAAGUAAAUAUAACGACAAACAGAUCCGUUACAAAAACAAGCUGAGCCGAGCCAAAGCUGUGUACGUGAGGGAAACAGGGUGGCGUAAUGAAAAAAUUAAAGACCUGGAGAAAGAGAUUUAUAUUGUCAAGAAGCAGGAAGAGAAGAUGACGGACAUGAUGAAUCUGGUUACAUCUGAAAAUGAGGCUUUGCUUCACAACAAAACAGAUCUUCUCAAUCAACUCCACGAUUUGGAAGAAGGGCGAAAAAACGCUUUGGAUACAAUUUCCAUCAUGCAGAUGAGAAUGAAUUUGCUUGAAGAAGAAAAUGCUCGACUACAACAAACAGCAGCACAAAUGUCUGAACGCAUUGAAUGUCUGAUGAUACUGGCUGAGACAGACUGUAGCGACGUCACCGCUGAGAGUCGAGUCAUCGAGGGCCAAGAUCAAACCACUCUCCCCACAUAAAUCCAUAAAACUAUUUUUCCUUUCAAUUUUAAAAUAUUACUUUUUUGUUAUUUGCAUUUCAAUAAAUCUAUU